AUGCAGGCAGAGCUGAAGAAGGCCCGCGUGUCGACGGAUAAAGCUUCUGAGAUUGCUAGUGUAUCUCCGAGUCGAGAUGAAGCCGAAAUGCUUGAUCUCCUAUUAUCAAACAUGCACCAAAAUGACCAAGGUCAUAUCGACUGGGAGGCGCCUACUGAAAACAGGAGGUCUGAUCUCCAAAAGCCUCUGUCGCCCAGCUCAAGUACUGCCAAUGCAAAUGGGCCACCAGCCGUGGAGCCAAGUCAAAGCCCAAAUGUGACUACUUCGCCCUAUGCUCCUGAGACUAUCGCCUCGCAUAUGAACUUGGAACCAGUUAGCAAUCCACUGGCUCUGAUGGCAGAAGCUGCCGGUGCCGCACAGGCACUAGAGACCCAAGUUGGCCCAACAGACGUAUCGCCAGCCUCAAACUUUGAGUCUGUGCCUGGAGAGUCACCAGGAGAGGGCAUAGGCCGAUACCUACUUCACCGACCUGGGUACGUUUCCCUGGGGCUUCACCUGGAUCGGAAGGUCCUCGAAAGUGGAAUCGAUGCAUUAUUCGCCCCUUCAACAGAAUCCGACCGAUACUCGAAUUAUUUUCGAUCGCCUGAUGCAAACCCUCCACGGGAUAUUGGCCCGGAGUUGGAUCCAGUAGAUCUUGGAUUGGUGUCGAUGGAAGAGGCACACGCCCUAUUCCCAAUCUAUUUCUCCCGCCUUCAUUUGAUCAAUGGGAUUCUCGAUCCUGUAUUACAUACACCUGACUACGUCCGCUCCCGUUCUUCCCUCUUAUUCACCUGGAUUCUUGCUCUUACCGCACAAUUUGACCAUGGCUCGGGCCAUCUUGCUAAGAGGCUACGACUCCAUGGAGAAAAACUGUCUCGACACGUUCAUACCUGUGGUUAUAAAACAGUGGAGAUUGUCCAAGGGUACUAUAUCUCCCUUCUGUCGGCAACCCCUGCCAAUACUUUAUCUGAAGAACGAUCAUGGCUGUAUACUAUGUAUGCCUUUGGAGUUGCAGCAGAGUUAGGACUUGAUCAAGAGUGCCGAACACGCUAUCAUAAAGAGCCCGAUUCCUGCGGUACCCAAUCUCGGACGGCUGAUGGUAUGCAAUCUCAACGCCUCCUCACCUUCGGAAAUCGUGAUACAACUAUAGCCCAGAAGAAUCCAGACACCCUUCAAAGUCGCUUCUUUGAAGAUCAAGAUUACCUUCAGCGACUGGCUCGCAAUAGGGAGCGCACCUGGUUACGAAUUCUACUGUGGGAACGCGCGAAUAGUGCAGCUUGUGGCCGAAUAAAUGCCUUCCCUGAGACAGAGCUGACCUGCAAUAUCGAGAAUUGGUGGGUGCACCCACUAGCCGACUCGACCGAUAAACACACUUGUGCAUUCAUCCUUCUCCGCCGUCACCUAGCGACUCUUCAGAGCGAGAUCAGACGGCAAGCGAAUAUACCGCACUCGGACCCUCACUGGGUGCGCGAUCUUGUUAACAAAGUCUUCGAGCCAUGGCGAACGACCUGGCUGCCAUCUCCAAAUGCUAUCUUACCCCAGCCUGAAGAGCUACCAAACCUCUACCUCUAUUAUGUCUAUAUUCACAACCGGUUGUGGACGCUGUCCUCCGCACUCAACAUCUCUGCCGAAAAUGACCGGGAUCUAGAUGUAGUUCGCGAGGAUUGCUUUGAUGCCGCGAUACACUGUUGCGAGGUUGCUGUGCGUGACCUCCCAACGGUUGGAGAACCAAUGUACUGCAUGCUUUCUCCAACAUGGGCGAUGAUUUCAUAUGCUGCAGUACUAGCUCUCAAGCUCUUUCCACAUCUGCAUGGGUUGCGACCGGGGUACGAGGUUGAACUACUUGCAUUGCUCGCACAAGUUGCAUUACAAUUGAAACGCGCUGGAACUACGCCUUCUCAUCGAUUUGGGAUUGCUGCGCUACUUGGCCAGCAUUUGCUGGUUAUACUGCGAGCAAGGGCAUCUUUACUGAAGGAUGGUGUUCCCAUUCCCGAGGUACAAUCAGUUGCACCUCAAUUUAGCGAUGGACAUAACUCCGAUCCGAGCUACCAUUUGGGGAGGUUGCCCAACAGCACUAGCUCGAUGGAGAUAUUGCCGGAUACGCAGGUGGAUAACCCCCUGGUGUCCACCUAUGACCCAUUUUUGACGACAGCUACCAUAAGCACCGAUACAGACCUUGGUGAGGAAGGAUUCACGGAUAUCUUGCGAGAAAUAUUUGGUCCGGGCUUUGGUGAUGUAUUCUGA